CAAGAGAUAAAGACUAUUUUCUUUUUUAUUUCCUUAUGUAGGAAAGUCUGGCUACUUGCCAGAAAAUGCAAGACUGGAGCUUUCUUUUCAUGGUGUUGGACAAGGUGCAGUCCAAUUCCACAGUCAUCGGUAAGAUCUGGAUAAGAGCCCUGUUUAUAUUCAGGAUCCUGAUUCUGGGCACAGCAGCUGCAAUUGUAUGGGAAGAUGAGCGGUCAAGUCUUGUGUGCAAUACACAACAACCUGGUUGUGAGAAUGUCUGCUAUGACCUAAAAUUUCCCAUCUCCCAGAUCCGUUUCUGGAUCGUUCAGGUAAUCUUUGUAUCCAUGCCAACAAUACUGUACCUGUGCCAUGUCAUCCAUGUUGUUCACCAGAAGAACAAAGUGAGAGAGAGAGUAAGACACCAGCAUGACGGCCAAGUGACAAACACCCCCAACUACCCAGAUGAGGGUCAUGUUGAGAUCAAGAGCAACCUGUUUAUCAGCUAUCUUACACAUCUGUUCUUCAAGAUCAUCUUAGAACUUGCUUUCAUCAUCGGACAGUACUACCUAUAUGACCUCUUCAUGAGCCAUGGAUUUAACUGCUCUUCAAGUCCGUGUUCCUACAAUGUUGAAUGCUUUAUGUCACGUCCAACAGAAAAGAACAUUUUCAAUGUCUUGAUGCUAGCGGUAGCGUGUGUGUCCCUGCUUCUCAAUGUGAUUGAGGCUGUUUACCUGAUGUGCAGUAGAGCAAAAUGUUGCUCUGGGAGUAAUACAGAAAAUCCCACGAGUGUGUCUAUUUCCUGGAAUAAUGAACAAGGAGAUGAAGUAUCUAUAAAACAAAAUAAAAUGAUCUAAACUAAAACAUUUCUGGAGCUGCAUUUCAACUGUGUAACAUACCUCCACUUUUUAAACCAAUUGCUCAUCAGCUUGCUUGCUAAUCAUACGAGUGUUGCCUGUUUAUUUUGAUUCCCAUUGCUUUGUCAUUUAAACUUGCAAGUUUAUAUGUAAAAUAAAACCAUGUAGCUUCAUCUAUAUCCAUUUUUGCUGCCUGACAAAUAGAGAUUUACAUGAUAUAAAGUGGUAAUGAAUGUCUUUGAAACUAAGUAACUAAGUAAACUUAAAUUCUUAAUACUUUUUUCAUUAAUACAUUUACGUGAAACCUUUGCCCUAAAAUUUCUUUCUUGCAUGUGAUGUGUAUGCAUGCAAAUGCAAAAUGUAAGCAUUGAUAUAAGCUUUUACUUUGACUUACAACUGCUGUCAAAGCUUUUUUUUUCAUCAUAUCAUUUAUUAAAGUGUUGUUAAUUGAUCAGUCUUUGCGGUUUAGUCUGUGAGAGUUUAAUUUAACAAAUAAAUAUAAUAAACUAAUGUUUAAAAGUAAUGAACUUGAAGUAAUUGACUUUAUGUAUUUUACUGUUGAAUAAAGUUCCUGAUUUUCUCAUUGCAUAAAUUUUUAGUUGUUAAUAUGUUAACUAACAUGAUAAUAAUGUCCAGUAAUGUGCUAAAAAUUAGUUAUAAGAAAGUGUUUGUGUGAACAUUGGUCAGACAAAUUGACUAUUUCAAUGAUAUCUUUACCUUUCAUACAUUGGGACCCAAAACCAGACUCCGGACAAAAAUUCUGUCAGUAUGUCUCUUUGUCUAUAUAUCUGUAUGUCUGUCCAGGCGAUUUUGUUAUAGCAUCAUGCAAAACUAACUGAACAGAAUUUAAUAAAACUUUGCCAGUCCUUCAGUAUUUGCCUGAAGUUAAACCUGUGUUAUAAACGAAAGCAAACUUAUGAUGCUUUGAGGACCCCUUAGUCUCAAGUACAAUUUAUGCAUUUUUAGGAAAUUAGCCACUAAGUUUUACUGCGCAUUUCUGUAAAAUUAUCAACAAGAUUCAGCAGCUUCCAUUUAUUUAUUUAUUUUUUGGCUAAAAAGUCGUUGCUUUUAUAAUAUGCUGCUUUUAUUUAUAUAAUACAAAUAUUUUUGGUGGAAACAAAUGUUUAAAAAUCUGGAAUAUUUUUGUACUGAUUCAAUAAUAAAGACUUGAACA